UUUAUUAGUUGUUACCAACAGCUGCCCAUCAGUGGCUGUGGCACUAUGUGGGACUUCACAGUCGUGACGUUGGUGCUGUCUACCAUCUUUGUUGUGUCUCUGGCACAAGGACCCAUCUGGGACAGCUCACAUCUUCGGAGGUUGAACAAAACAGACAGGAACAGAAAGCUGGCUUACAACAGCCUUGUGGAGCCACAGACCACAGGCGUAACCGAGUGGACAUCCUGGUUCAAUAUCGACCAUCCAGGAGGAAACGGCGACUACGAGAGGUUAGAAGCCAUUCGCUUCUACUACCGGGAAAGGGUCUGCUCACGACCUGUAGCCAUCGAGGCCCGUACCACGGACUGGGUUGCAGCUGCGGAUACGGGGGAGGUGGUCCAUUCCAGUCUGGAGAAGGGCUUCUGGUGCAUCAAUAAGGAGCAGCCAUUUGGUCGCAGCUGCUCCAACUACCAUGUGCGAUUCCAGUGUCCACCAGUCCACUCAUACUGGACCGACUGGAGUGAAUGGACGUCUUGCUCUGCCACCGCCUGUAACGAUGUUGGCAUCCAAGUCCGUCAGAGGAAAUGCAUGAGCACGCAACCUCUUCCACUGUUUCUUUCACCUGUUUGUGUGGGACCUCACAUUGAACGGAGAGAGUGUUCAACACCACCAUGUGAAGCUAUGUGGAGCCAAUGGGGUUCAUGGAGUGCUUGCUCAGUUACUUGUGGGAAGGGUCGCAGGACAAGGCGUAGGACAUGUCACAGAUCUUCUACUAAGAUUCAGUGUACAGGGCGACCUGUGGAGGUUCAAAAGUGUGGAAAUCCAUGUCCAGUGGCAUGCAAACGUGUCUGUCCUGGGGGACGUCCCAGUAAGGACUGCAGCUACUGUAUCUGUGAUGGACAAACACUAUACGGGGAGGUCUUCAGUGUUACAGGGGUCCCAGUGCCAAACGCCACAGUGGCUCUGGCUAGCCAAGCCAAGGUCGUCCGUGCCCACACUGAUGCCAAGGGUCAGUUCAAGAUUGAUGGACUGUGCACCACCCCACAGACCCGAGUGCUCAUAAUAAAGGACAAAUUUGUACCUGUUACUCUCCCGGUUUCCAACAAUACCGCUGAUGAACUCUGGGUACGGGCCAUCUUACGAUCCUCAGAAAAGCCAUAUAUUGAGAAGCACCCAGAAGACAAAGUGCGUUACGAGGGACAACGUGCAACCCUUUGCUGUAGAGCAACAGGAUCACCAAAACCUGACAAAUAUUACUGGUACCACAAUGGAACCUUACUGAAUCGCACAAUAUACAAGUACGACGAAGAUUUGAUAUUGCGGGACUUGAAACCAGAGUAUUCAGGGCAAUAUCACUGCAAAGCAACUAGUCUGACAGGCAGCAUCAAGUCUGCUUCAGCUGUCCUCACUGUUUUCACUAAAGGAACACCAGCUUGCAACUCAACACCUGAUACUCACCUGAUCAAAUUACCAUUAGACUGCAAGCAGCCUGGAACAGACUCCAAGUUUUACAAUGCAGGUCGCUGUCCACACAACAAAUGCCCUGGGACACUGGACUUUGACAUGCGCUGCAGGGAUGGAUCUGGCUUCUGCUGUGGGGCCAAACAAAUGGACGCUAGAGAGAUCAACUGUGGCCGUUACACCCUGCCUAUCAAGGUUGUGAGUGAGUGUGGCUGCCAGACUUGUGUGGAGCCCAAAGUUCUUGUACGGGGCAGGGUGGUGUCAGCAGACAAUGAUGAACCCCUGCGCUUUGGACAUAUUUACAUGGGGAAGGAACGGACUGGUACCACAGGAUAUCAGGGUGGGUUUACAAUCCAGGUGUCUCCAGAUACACAGCGUCUUGUGGUAAACUUUGUGGACCCUUCUCAGAAGUUCAUUGACACAAUCAAGGUUUUUAUCUUUGACAAGAGAGGAGGUGCUGUCUAUCAUGACGUAAAAGUGAUGAGGAAGAAGGAACCUAUUGAUAUCAAUGCUGCAGAAAGCAAUACCAUUUACCUAGGUGAAAUGAAAGAUGAGGACCCCAUCGGUCAACUGGUCAUACCUCCAAACUCUUUCCAUAAAAACACAGGGGAAGUUUACGAAGGGACCGUUAAGGCCAGUGUCACGUUCCUUGACCCACGCAACAUUACCAUGGCUGCUGCCGCUCCUGGAGAUCUCAACUUUGUAGACAAUGAAGGAGACAUGCUACCUCUCAGGACAUAUGGAAUGUUUUCAGUAGAUUUCCGAGAUGGGGCAAACCAGGAGGUUCUAGGAGCCGGCGCAGUCCAGGUUCUUCUUGAUACGGAGCAUGUAAAAAUGCAGGAGCACAUCCCUACAAUGAAACUCUGGUCCCUCAAUCCCGAUACAGGCAUUUGGGAGGAGGAGAGUAACUUUAAACCCGCACAAAACACCAUUGUUGGCAGCGGGAGAAACAAACGAGAGGAGCGCACCUUCCUGAUAGGAAAUAUGGAAAUCAGGGAGCGUAGGUUGUUCAAUCUUGAUGUACCUGAGAAUCGCCGCUGCUAUGUCAAUGUGAAGGCAUACAUGAGCGACAAGUUCCUGCCCAAUGAGCAACUAGAAGGUGUGGUAAUAAACUUGAUAAACCUGGAGCCUAAGCCCGGCUACUCGUCAAAUCCGAGGGCUUGGGGGCGCUUUGACAGUGUGAUAACAGGACCAAACGGUGCUUGUCUUCCAGCUUUCUGUGAUGCUCAGAGGCCUGAUGCAUACACUGCUUACGUCACAGCUAUAAUGGGAGGUGAGGAACUGGAAGCAGCCCCCUCAAUGCCAAAAAUGAACCCAAACAUUAUUGGUGUGUCUCAGCCAUACUUAGGGAAGUUAGAUUACCAGCGCUCAGAUCAUGAGGAUCCAGCACUUAAGAAAACAGCUUUCCGAAUCAACCUAGCCAAACCAAACCCUAACAAUUUUGAUGAAACAAAUGGACCAAUCUAUCCCUAUCAGAGUUUAAUUGCAUGUGAAAAUGCACCUGUUGAUGCCAACCACUUUCGUUUUUUCCGUGUCGAAAAAGAUAAAUAUGAGUACAAUGUGGUACCCUUUCAGGAGAGUGACCUCACAUCUUGGACUGGAGACUAUCUUUCCUGGUGGCCAAAUCCACAAGAGUUCAGGGCUUGUUACAUCAAAGUUAAGAUUCAUGGAGUUUCAGAAAUCAUGGUAAGGUCAAGAAACCUUGGUGGCACUCAUCCUCAGACAAGAGGUCAGUUGUAUGGCAUUAGAGACAUUCGUAGUACCCGCGACUUAAACCAUCCUAACACCUCUGCUGCUUGUCUCGAGUUCAAGUGCAGCGGGAUGCUCUUUGAUCAAGGUAUUGUAGACAGGUCACUCAUUUCUGUCAUCCCACAAGGUAACUGCCGUCGCAUAGGCAUCAACGGUCUCCUGCAAGAGUAUCUGAUAAAGCAUCCUCCUGUUCUUCAGAACAAUGCGUCUCAUGCAUUCAAUAUGUUAGCUCCUGUUGAUCCACUUGGGCACAAUUAUGGAAUAUACACUGUCACAGACCAGAACCCACGAGUUGCCAAAGAGAUUGCCAUUGGCCGCUGCUUUGAUGGAACUUCAGAUGGUUUUUCCAGGGAGAUGAAGUCAGAUUCUGGAGUGGCUUUGACGUUCAGCUGCCCUAAAAGAACUGUGAAUCGUGAGAGCUUAUUCCAACGCUUGCAAACAAAUCCUGGCCUAACACUAACACAGAUGGCACGGGAGAUGAGGGAGUCCCAGGGAUUGCAAGUCAGAAGAGGGUCAACCCAAAUGGUGGCCUACCCUUUUGGCCAACAGGGCAGGAGCCAGAACCGUAGAGCCACGAACACUAACAGAAGGAGACCUGCUACAAGGACACAACCAAGACUGUAGAUCUUUCUUUAGGACUUUCGGGUUGAAGAAAGUGAAGAGAAAAAGACUCAAAAAACCUGCUAUGGAAAUCCCAAACUUGGUCAGCCGGGUGAUAUUGGAUGCUCUGUCCUAACGGAGCAAAAUCCUUACCUGAUUUAUCCGAACACAUUUAAACUCUUUCUACUUGUGUAUGGAAAACUGUCCUCUCAUUCUUCCUCAAAGUUUACUUCAUUAAGACAUUUAUUUUAUGAUUAGGCCAAAUAUUCUACAAGUCCCAUACAGACUGAUUUCAUUUAUUUAUUUAAAAUGUCAAAAUUUGCUUAUGUGGAACGUCCUACAUUUAGAUCUGUAAUUAUUGACUUAUUUUCUCUAAUUGAUCAGUGUCUUCCAUAGAUGAUAGGUUAAAUAGGCGAGACAAGUCUGUAUGGGUUGAGGUCAAGUGUGACAGCUGCUAAUCCUUUCAUCAACAAAAUAUUCUACUCUAUUGGAUGCAAUGAACAAGACCCAAGGCAGCAAAGAUGCUCGUUCUGUCUCGCCUCCUUUUCCAUGUCAUCAUUCCAGUUGUGAUUUGGCCAACUAUUGGUCUGACCAAUGCACAACUGACCCCAGCCAAGAAUAGCUUUCCUUAACAGAACGGAUCGCCAAGGUAGACUAAACAAACCUGUGGUGAGACAAAGAAUAAUAUAAUGGCCUUAACUUCAAACACAAAUUAUUGUUAUUUUUUUCUUUUUCGAAAUGCCCUCUUCAUCCUUUUGACCAUUUGGCUGGCCUAAUUAAAAGUUUUCUUUUGAUAUGAAUUCCAACUAAUACAGUACAUCUCAGUGUAUGAUGUAUAGUUCUUAGGGUAAACUGAUUGCAUUUUGUUUCUUGUUUCUGUUUGUCUCCUAAAGUGCAAUAUUGUGUUCCAAUAAUGACUUGAGAGUCCUGACAAAAAAACGUCCUAUGUUAUGAGCCAAUCAACCAUAGGUCUGUUAAAAUGUUGGGCUAUUCCCUCAGUAAUUUCAUAUC